AUGUCCCUGGAUCCAUUUGACGACGUCCUCACUCUCGAGGACCAGUUCUUCGCCGAGGGCUACCGCCAAGGCACCGAAGACGGCAUCCAGGCCGGUAAGAUCGAGGGCCGCUCCGUCGGCCUCGCCAAGGGUUACGAGAAAUUCCUCGAGAGCGGCAGGAUACACGGCCGCGCCGUCGUGUGGGCGAACCGGCUGUCCCUGCCACAGAAGGGCUCCCCCUCCACCUCAUCCUCCGCCGCCGCCGCCGCCGCGAGGCCUUCAGACUCUUCGUCGCAGCAACAGCAGCAGCCAAAGCCCUGCUCCCUUCCACCACUGCCGCCCAACGCGAGGCUUGAGAAAAAUGUCACGGCGGCCUUCGCCCUCGUCGAGCCCGACACGCUGGCCAGGGAAAACAGCGACGAGGCCGUCAACGACUUUGACGACAGGCUCAAGAGGGCGCAGGGAAAGGUUAAGAUCAUCGAGCGGAUGACGGGCGAGGUUGCCGCCGAGCCCAAGGCGGCGACAGAGGCCAAGGGGCUUUAG